AAGAAACCAUACAUAGUAAUAGGUAUAAUAAUACAAGUGUUAUUGAGUAGAGUUAAAUAUAUGGCGCCAGCAUCAACUGCUAUCUGCUUAUAGUGAACCCGUGUCACUAGUUUGUCUCUUUUGUUACCCUUCAUUUGCAUUGUUUUGAUAUCUUCCUCCACUCCACCUUAUCUGCAGCACACUCUUUCAUUUUCACACAAAACAUCCGGAUUCACCAGUUUUUAAGGUCCAAAUGCUAGCUUCUCUUUCUCAAUAAAGGCCAUAAUAGCUAGACAGAGACAUGGCUCAAACUUCUUAGUCCUUUUUUUCACUUUUGUGCUGGGGAGGAAAAAGCUUGAUUCUGAAAUGAUUGCGAGUUUUAGCCAUGCAAGACUUCUGCUUCUCCUUAUGUUUGCAAGCUCGAUCUGCUACUCGGAGCAACUAUCAUCGUCGCAAGCCCAGACUCUUCAAAGAAUUCAGGUCCUUCUCAAUUUUCCAAGUGUACUAAGCAGCUGGAAUAACAACACAGAUUUUUGCAAUAUUGAACCAACUCCAGCGGUUACAGUUAUAUGCUAUGAAGAUAGCCUGACACAGCUGCACAUUAUUGGGGAAAGGGGGGCUCCUCCGUUACCUCGGAAUUUUUCUAUUGAAUCUUUUUUUACUACACUUGUGAGGCUUCCUAGCAUAAAGGUCCUCACACUGGUUUCCCUUGGAAUGCGAGGUCAAUUGCCUAGCAAGAUUUCACGUUUAGAGUCGCUGGAAAUACUUAAUAUCAGCUCAAAUUUCUUUCAUGGAGCGAUCCCUCAAGAAGUUUCAUUGUUAAGAAACUUACGCACACUUAUACUUGAUGAGAACUUGUUCCAAGAUAGACUUCCAGAUGGGCUCAAUAAAUUGUCACUUUUGGCUGUUUUAAGUAUUAGGAAAAAUAAGCUAAAUGGAUCACUCCCAGAAUCUUUAGGUAACUUAGAAAACCUCAGAGUUCUUGAUUUGUCGCAUAACAGAUUAGCAGGUGAGGUGCCUGAUAUAAGCAGUUUGAGGAACUUACAAGUGCUUGAGUUGGAAGAUAACCUUCUUGGACCUCAAUUUCCUAAAAUUGGAAGCAACAAAAUAAUUACUCUUAUAUUGAGGAAGAACAAGUUCAUCUCUGGCAUCCCAGAAAAGGUGAACUCUUUUAGUCAUCUUCAACGGCUUGAUAUAUCUUUCAACAGAUUUAUUGGACGGUUUCAGUCUUCUUUGCUCUCUCUGCCAUCAAUCACUUAUCUAAAUAUAGAAGGAAACAAAUUCACUGGAAUGCUUUCUGAAAACAUGUCUUGCAGUUCCCAACUUGAACUAGUGGAUUUAACUGGAAAUUUGUUGACCGGAAGAUUGCCUAGCUGUCUCCAUUAUGAAGCCAGAACCAGGAUUGUUUCUUAUGCCAGAAAUUGUUUAGUUGGUGAGGACAAAAGCCAGCAUCCAGUGUCCUUUUGUCGAAAUGAAGCUCUGGCCGUUGGAAUUGUACCUGAUCAUCCCAAGUCAAAACAACCAUCCAAGACAGCGCUUGCCUUGAGCAUAUCUGCAGGGAUUGUUGGGGUUACUGUACUGGUCGUUAUAGUCUUCUUGACCCUCAGAAGAGUACGUUCAAAGGGGAUGGUCAAGUCACCUUCAACAAGAUUAAUACAAGAAAAUGCAUCAGUAGGGUACACCUCAAAGUUUCUUCAAGAUGCGAGGUAUAUAACUCAAGCAAUGAAGCUAGGAGCACUAGGUGUUCCAGCUUAUCGAAAUUUUUCACUGAAAGACAUUGAGGAUGCAACCAAUAACUUUGAUACAUCAACUUUACUAAAUGAAGGUUCAUACAGUCAGAUGUACAGAGGUGAACUGAGGGAUGGUUCCCACAUUGCUAUUAGGUGCCAUAACAUGAGCAGAAGGGACAAAAGUCAGAGCUAUAUGAACCAUAUAGAGAUAUUAUCAAAACUAAGACAUCAGCAUUUGGUCAGUGCUCUUGGCCACUGCUUUGAUUAUCACUUGGAUGAUUCAAGUGUCAGCAGAAUAUUUCUCGUAUUUGAAUAUGCACCAAAUGGGACGUUAAGGGACUGGAUAUCUGAGAGACGUGAUAACCAAUCGUUAACUUGGUCCCAGCGCAUAGCAGCUGCAAUAGGGGUUGCUAAGGGUAUCCAAUUUCUUCACGCAGGAAUUGUGCCAGGUGUAUUCUCAAAUAAAUUGAAGAUAACAGAUGUUUUACUGGAUUUGAACCUUGUAGCAAAAAUCAGUAGUCACAAUCUGCCGUUGUUGAAAGAAUAUAUGGGGAAGGUUGGCAGCCAAAUUUCAUCUGUUGGAUCUAAAGAAGUUGACACUGCAAGGAUUGCGUAUCAGGGGAAAUCGGAUAUAUAUGACCUCGGAGUGAUAUUACUAGAGAUCAUUGUGGGAAAACAUAUCAAUGGAAACGGGGAAGUGGAUAUUUUUAGACCCCAGUUAGAAGCAAGCACAGCAGCUGAUAUUGCAGCUCCAAAUGGCGUGGUGGAUCCAGCAGUUCAAGAUUUAUAUACUGACGAGUCAUUGAAGACGGUGAUGCAGAUAUGCAGUAGGUGCUUACAUAAGGAUCCAGCUGAAAGACCCUCUAUCGAGGAUGUGUUGUGGAAUUUACAGUUUGCAGCUCAAAUUCAAGACCCCUCCCAGAGCAUCGAAGGGUCCCCAGCCUCUCCAAGUACUCAACCUCCACGUUUACAAAUGACUAUCAAAUAGCUGCAGCUUUAGGUUUACGAAUAUAGAUAUGCCUUCAGAAGAGGAAGAGCAAAAGGUGUGGUAUUCAACAUUGCUGUGGAGAUAUUUAAAUAUUCACACCACUCCUUCCUUUGUAAUAUUAUGCAGCAGAUGCAAAUCAGCUAGUUUUCCAAUCUUUAGUGCCUGAUAGUACUUGUGUUCUAGGACUAGUUAGUCUCCAUGAAAGUGUAUGUCAGCUCUUGUUAGGAUGCUAGGAACAAAAUAAAAGCAUACCAAGUUUUUCCCAUUUGUAUAUUAUAAGUUCCCCUGUUACAUGAGCUCAGUGUGUUCUAACUUCAACAAUCAUUGAGGACAAAAAUUAAGUUUCUUCAUAAUCGUAAGAAGGGUUCUUGUGACA